AUGUCUCAAACUCCAAGCUCUCAAGCAAAGCGACGCCGUCUUGACAACGCGGCAUCCACACUCUCGCGCCCAUUCAAGUCACCAUUGCCCAAAUCGGCACAACGAAAGGAGCCUGCAGAUCCAGAUACUCCAAGUUCAGCAACUACAAAUUCUGAUUCAACCAAAGAGCAACAAACUCCAACUCAUUCCCACAAACCCGCUAUCCCUAAAGUUCCAAGCAAACCCUCCCUGAACAUCAAGACUACCAUUCCAGAAUCAGACCCAGAAAUCCGAUACCUCCGCAGAAAACAGCUCACCCUGCAAUCACAGCUCACAUCUCUCCGCACUGAACUCGACAUAGCCCAACAAGCACUACGAAUCGAAUCCAGCUCUCGAGACGACGAGCUCAGAGCACUCAAACUCAAGUGGCGCGGUAUAAGCCAAAGGGCUGCUGAGGAAUUAUUCGAGACUGCCAAGGAUAAGAUUGCGAGAAUUGGGGGUGUGACGGCGUGGAAGGAAAGUGAGCGGCAGAGGGUGAAGAGGAUGCUGGUGUGGGAGGAUGAUGAGUUUUAUGCUGCUCGUAGUGGUGAAGAUGGUGAGCGGGAGAAAGGGGAUGAUGGGUUUAAUGAUAACGAGGAGGGUGGCAGUGGACAGACGGAAGAUGGUGAGGAUGAGACGUUUACUAUGGACAUGAUGCUGAAGAGUCUGAAAAUCGAGCCGGAUCUCAUCGGCUUCAAUAUGAUUGAGAAACGAUGGAGGACUGAGUAA